AAAUAUAGUCCAUAUUUUAUAAUGCAUAUAUAAUGUAUGUAACUUAUACUAUUGUAAGCUGCCCAGAAUCACUUGGGACAGUGAGAUGGGCAGCGUAUAAAUUUAAUUAAUAAAUACUACUUAUUUAAUUAACAUAUAAGAGCCUGCAAUUAAUGCAUUUGUCUUCUCAGAAUUGCAAGUUAUAGAGUCACAAUCAAGUUGUCCCAAUGGUGAUCUUUUGUUUAAAUAUUGUCAUAACGCAUCAUGUAUUUUUAGGAGGAUGUACAAAUUUAUCAAAUUUAUUUGCUGCCCAUCUCACAGUUCAAAGUGAGUUUGAGCAGCUUAGACCAAGAUAAAACAUACAAACCUUUGACAAUUGUAAGUAUAAAAACAGAUUAAAUUACAAAAAUUAAAUUUAUUUUCAUAUAUGUACAAAACGUUCUGGGCAAGACAGUACAGAAGUUUUCAGGUGGCCCAUGCUCAAACCCAAAAUGUCUGGUUUUGGACCCGGAUCAACCCAGAUGGGUUUGUUUUAUUUCAAGUGGAAGCCAAUAUCUGUUGAGUGUUCUGAAUAUUUUACUCUUCUUUAAUUGCUGUAGUUGGAAAAUGUCUUUUGUUCUUGUUCCCAUUGUUUUUGCUUUUUUAAUUCUCCUGUUUUGGUCAUAGUAACAGAUGAGUUUAGUCAUAUCCCUAUUGCUGUUUAGCUUUGGCCAGAAGUUAUAUAUGUUUGAAUUUGGAAGUAAAACGAGGAUUUCAAGGAGCUCAUAGCACAGAGAGAAUUAAUAUGUCAUUGGACAAAAUCUUAGAAAGAAAUUGCUGUGGAGGCCAUUAAAUUCAGUGCUGGACUGGAGCUUACAUCCAGUUGGCAACCGAAACUCUUAUGAACCAGUGUUGCAAGAUUUCUGUUAAAAUGUGGAGAGAUGAAGAGAUCACUGACUAAUUAAGAUUUACAUGUCUCAACAUCUGAUGCUUUAGAACAUCCACAAAUCAGGAAGAGUCAGGAAGCCUUUGUAUAUGUGUAGUGAGUAUCAUCUCCAAAGGAACUCAAAGUUCCUCAAUUGGUAGGAGAAAAAGAGCAUGUCCUGAGUUCACACGCAGACUUAGACUCAAUAAACUCAUCCAUCUAUUGUCUUUUUUUCACUCCAAGUUUCUAUGCUAAUAAGUUACGUUAGUUUGGUUACUUGAUUUAGAUUUUUUGACUUUGUUAUUCAUUCAUCACUGUGUUCUGUGCAUUUGUUUGAGAAGACUUCAGAGACAGAUGCCAGGAAGAGGUGAUUGGGUUGAGGCUACUACAUCAGGCCUCCAGAUGCAGAAGCCAAUAAAUAGCAUGCAGUAUGGUGGAUAUGUUAAUAAUCAAGCUAGCUCUUCAGCAACUCCCUUGUCAUCAAGUUCAGAUGAUGAGGAAGAGGAGGAUGAGGAUGAGGAAGCAGCUAUUGACAGCUCUUCCACUACUAGCAGUGCAUCUCCUGUUCUCAACAAUUACGACACCCUUGAAGGUGAUGGCUAUCCAGAAACAUGUUCUGCAGCAAGUAGCCCACCUCCUAUUUCCUCUGUUCCUCAGAUGUCUAAAGUCUCCAAGUCAUUUGGUUGUGGGUAUCCUCCUCUUCAGCCAGGAUACCGGAAUGUGACACCAUCUUUGCCAUCUCCUGCCAUGCAACCAAAUAACUCUGGAUAUAAUUCUGGAUUUUCGCAGUAUCCACAGGUAUAUCCCACCAUGAAUCAGCUAUCAGCCAGUUUGGGAGGACUCGGGAUACAGCAGCCAGAAAGUCUGAGACCAUUGAAUCUUAUUCAAGAAAGAAAUAUUCUACCUAUUGCUCCAGUUUCACCUCCUUUGCCUAAUCUGAACUCUGAUCUGAAAAAAUUGAACUGCAGCCCAGACUCGUUUCGAUGCACUUUGACAAAUAUUCCUCAGACUCAGGCACUUUUAAACAAAGCAAAACUUCCCUUGGGAUUGCUUCUACAUCCUUUCAGAGAUCUAACGCAAUUGCCUGUGAUAACAUCAAGCAGCAUUGUGAGGUGUAGAUCAUGCAGAACCUACAUUAAUCCUUUUGUGUCUUUUAUUGACCAAAGGAGAUGGAAAUGUAAUCUGUGCUACAGAGUUAAUGAUGUUCCUGAAGAAUUUAUGUACAAUCCUCUAACAAGAUCAUAUGGAGAGCCUCAUAAGCGUCCAGAGGUCCAAAAUUCUACCGUGGAGUUCAUUGCUUCUUCAGACUACAUG